AUGGACCAUAUAUCCACUAUUGGAAAAGAGACUCUCCAUCUUGCAGAAACCAGAACAAGCCCAUCACAGACGGAGAAGACUGUCCCCGAGAUACUUAUUGAUGCAAAAGAGAUUGUGGCUAGGAUUACUGCCAAAGCUUCAAGUGAGCCUAUCAACCAAGAGAGAAUGAGCAUACCACAAGUACCACAGGAGAUACCACCUUCAUCUAAAGAGAUCAUACCUGACAAAGCACAACCAUCAAAAGAAAGUGAUUCAUUACUGAAUGCCAGUAGUGGUUACUCGAGCAAGGAUGAUGCCAUAAGCAUCAGUAAUGUGAGCACAAGGUCUGUGUCUAAUGAAGAGAAAAUCUUGUCGGGAAUCCAAGAGGAGAAACAAACACUAGAACAAUUAAAAAUGACUGUGGACAAAUACUUCCCACUCUCACCAAAUGAGGAGGAAGAUGGAGGUUAUUUUGGACUCAUGUCUUCCAAAGGCACAGCCUACUUCACAUCACUAGGUUCUCUGCCAAGCCACCUCCAGCCCCAGGCAUAUAAGCAUGCAUUGGAAAAUAUCAGAGGGGCCAAGAACAACAUGAGAAACCUCUCGUACCACCUCUAUGAAGCAAUUGAAUGGACUUACCAAAGAAGGCAAGGUUCUGAGGAUGGGCAGAAUCGCUAUAUGGCCCUAUUACAGCUGUGGAUCAAGUGGAGUAGGAGCCUGUCCGAAAAUGUCGAUGGCAGUACAAAGCUCUUGGAAAUCCAGACUCUGGCCAUGUCCCGUAUCAUUGCUCUGAAAUUUGAGUCGGACUUCAGGGACCUCAUGUGUCAAGUCCAAGGUCUCUCAAGCAGUAUACAAAUACAAGACAAGCUCCAACAGGUUUCUCAUAACAUGCACGAGCUUUACACCACCCUUUCACUAAAUAAUAGGUUUGAAGAUCUAGACCAGCAUCAUCUGGCCCAGCUCACUCAAGCCCAGGGAAUUAUAGAAGAAUUGUUUUGUUUCUUAGAAGGUAGUAUUCCUUCUGGUUGA